AUGGAGUGGGCAAAGCAGACAUACAACCAGCAGUACGAGAGAUGGGUUCCUUGGCUCGAGGACUUCUACCUGCGAUGGUUCACCAAGGACAACAAGGCUAGCUACACGACCAAGGACACCCUCGGCAAGACCAAGGUGACCGGCGUCGAACAAGUCGACACCCUUCAAGACGGCGUCCACAACCUCGCAGCCGGCCAGGUCGGCCAAGGCGGCCUCCUCCAGCCCAUCGGCGACCUCACCUCCAAGGAGGGCAUCAACCGCGCCGAGCGUCAAGGCAAGGAUGACGAGGGCGGCUACGUCCCGACCGCCGUCCCGGGCUCCAGCGCCGUCAACACCGCUGCCGGUGGCAUCGCCGACGGCGGUAAGGCCGUCGCCGGCACGGCUACCGACGGCGUCAAGGGUGCUGGCAGCUACGUCGGCGGCCUCUUUGGUGGCGGCAAGAAGCAGGAGCAGAAGUAA